GGUUGACAGCUGUCAAACAAACUUUUUUGACGUUUACUCUUAUUUUUAAUUAACAUUAAAAUUUUUACUUCGUCUGAUCUGAGUUAUUCUUUCAAAUUGUUUAAUAAAAGUAAAAAAGAAACAUGUCAACGAAGCAAUCCGCGAAAAAAUUAAAAUGGGCAUUAGAUUUCAGUAAUAGCAAAAAUUCUGACUUGCCUUCUCCUCCGGGAUAUAACCCCUCGGUACUAGUUAAUCACACUGAAGUAGUGCGGGAUCAGCGGCUUGUCAUAAAAAAAUCUUGGGACUUGGCGCUUGGUCCAUUGAAACAGAUUCCGAUGAAUUUAUUUAUUAUGUACAUGUCCGGUAGUUCCAUUUCGAUAUUCCCCAUAAUGAUGGUCGGCAUGAUGUUGAUUAGACCACUAAAAGCGAUGUUUUCCACGGCAGUAACAUCGAAGAUGGCUGAUGGAGCUCAAGGCAGCGGUCAGAAGCUUGUAUAUUUUUUGGGUAAUUUGGCAAACGUAGCGGUGGCGUUGUACAAGUGUCACAGCAUGGGUCUUUUACCGACACACGCAUCCGAUUGGUUGGCAUUCGUAGAACCACAAACGCGGCUAGAGUACUACGGCGGCGGGGUCUCGUUUGUUUAGGAUAAUUUUAAGUCAAUAUAAUACAUAGGCAGGUUCUGAAAUUCACUUCCGAGUGAAUUCCAACCCCCAUUCAAUUUGAAUUCAAAGUGACGUUGAUGGCAAUCACUCGGAAAUGAAAUGUGAAACCUUCAUGUUUACUUUCUUUCAUGUAUUCAACAGUCUAUACUUAUGAUAUGCGAACAUUGUUAACACUAAAAAGCAAAUAAAAAUAUCGGUGGUACAAUAGAAA